AACCCUUCUCCUUCACUUUCCAAUAGCACCACACCAAUUCAUAUUCAGAUUUUUCCUUCUUUGAAUAUUUUCACUUAAAACUCUUAAAUAUUAUGGAAACAGGGAGCAAUAUGAAUGGAGGAGGUGGAAAAGAAGUAGUUGGGGUGGCUAAUAAGCAAAGUAUAAGAUGGACAGAUUUUGGUUUGAGGUUUUUAGCCUUUGUACUUACACUUGUGGCUGCCAUUGUUCUCGGAGUUGACAAACAGACUACCGUUGUUGCUGUUCAGUUAGUCCCCACAUUGCCGGCCAUUAAUGUUCGGGCUACUGCUAAGUGGCAUCAUAUGUCGGCCUUUGUGUACUUUGUGGUGGUGAAUGCAAUAGCAUGUGCAUAUGCAGCUAUGUCCUUAGUCCUUUUAUUGGCAAAUAGGGGGAAAAAGAAAGGUCUCUCCUUAAUGAUCAUUCUCUUGGACCUCAUCACGGUGGCGCUGCUCUUCUCCGGUGGUGGUGCCGCCUUGGCCGUCGGCCUCAUUGGAUACAAAGGGAACUCCCACGUCCGAUGGAUCAAGGUGUGCGACAAGUUUGAUAGGUUCUGUGGUCAAGUUGCCGCGGCCAUUGUUAUUUCCCUUGUUGGUUCCGCCUUGUUUCUAUUGUUGGUGUUGCUUGCGGUGUUGAACCUCCAUAAGAAUAGACGUCUUUAGUAAGUUGGACCGGACAUCACUGUCAUGAAAAAAAAUGUCAGUAGAAAAUAUUUUGCUUGUAUGAUAGCUUUUCCGCGUUCCAAGUUUUAUUGUAAUGACUAGGUUAUGAUGUUUUCUUUUAUAUGUGUUUGAUAAAUCAUCUGUUGUAGACCCAUGUGUGUUGCAUUUCUGCUUUUACUAAAUGUAGAAAUUUGGGCCAUGAAUUGACUUAUAUAUAUCUUCUUUAAAUUUGCUUA